AUGUUCUGCAGCGACUUCGAAUCUACCGCAUCGGAUCGCGACGUUAGCGACGAGCCUGUCCCGACCCAGCCCGUCGUCAGCUACGAGUCCAAUGAUGUCGAGAUCAUUGAGGACCCAGACAUUGUCUUCAAGACGUUCUUCCCGAACGCUGACCAAGGCGCCGGUGAGAAUGUGCCGCGCCCAUUGAAUGCUGACAUCAAACCUGAGCCCAAUGACGAGGAAACAUUCAUCGACAUUACUGGCGAGGCGACUGCGAAGGCAGCGCCCAUUUCGGCGGUUCAACGCAAUGACCUGAAGAGAAGGAUGGUGGAUGAAGACAGCGAGGACUCUGAUAACCAGCAAACUGCCCAAUUGGAUGAGCACGGCGAACAAUUGUACGAUGUCGAGGCUAUCAUCGCCAAGCGUAAAAAGCGCAAUCGUGUCGAAUACCUCGUGAAAUGGAAAAACUACGAUGAGGAGACUUGGGAACCAACGCCGCACUUGCGCUUUUGCAAAGAUGCGAUCGCUGCAUUUGAACGGAUGAAGAAGCAGAAAAAGGCUAGGAGCACGCCGUCAUCAACGCGGGCCACCCGCAGUUCCCCGGCCUCCGGUCGCUCUACCAAUGCCAGUGCGCCGCCGAAGAAGGCUUUGCCGCGUUCACCUUGGAAGACGCCCUUCUCAGCGAGCCCCGUCACCCGCAGGACCCGGGUUUCCACAAACACGCCCGCAUCGCCUCGCCGUCCGACCAAAGGCGCUUCGACAAAAAAUGCCGCAAAGAACCCAUCACUGGUGAAGAUUGACAAGAUUUCCUUCGACCAGAAGGAACCGAUCGUCCAUCUUGCCUCGGGUGCAGACAUGCCGGUGAAGAAGGCUCGCCUCGACAAUUCAAUGGAGGCCGCGAUGCUCGACUGGACUCUAGCGGCCUUGAACAAAAUUAAUAACAUGUGGGGUGAAGUCGGGCAUAGUGCGGCCCUACUCGCUGGCCGCGCAACACAGUUUCUGUCGAGGAGGUCGCUGCCGAAGGCUGUGAAUUUACCUAGGUAUUUAUGGGACAUGGAUGACCUCGAUAAGAAGUCUAAUGGCGAAUAUACUCACAAGCCUCUGCAGAUCAACAGACUUGGCGGGCGUCACCCUGAAACCGGUCGCAAAAUCAAUCAACACAUCGGUGGCGGCCACAAAUUCGAUUAUUUUAUGGUCGAUUUCCAUAGACGCGGACCGGCCGCCGAAAAUGAAUUUUACGAAGAACGUGUCCUCGAGGUUCGACGUGAUGCGAACCGUUCUUCACACAUCGCUCUACUAGCUGGUGCCAAGGGCAAACGAUGGAUUUUGGCGACCGAAAACAUGAAGGCCGGCCAGAUUCUGACUACCACUUGCUACAUUCCCGAAAAUCCUUUGAUAGGCCGUGAGGGAUGUGCAUAUCCGUUGGGCGCAUUGGCUGUUGGCACACAAGUUAACAGCAUUGAACGACACCCAAAUUAUGAAAGUGAUUCCUUUGUGAAGGGAGCUGGUGAGGUGGCCACGAUCGUUCGCCACCAGGAAGAUUAUACGAUUAUCAGGAUGCCUUAUAAGCACGAAUACUCGAUACGGCGCGAAUGUAUGGCAACCGUCGGACGUCUGUCUCACGGCGAAUUUAAAGAGAAGAUCUACGGCAGUGCAAACAUGCAUCGGCGCUUCGGGUAUAAAAUGUCGAGCGGCCUUUUCCACAAGAAGGAUGGCUACUGCGGCAGAAAGAAUCGUCCCGAUCCCCCAGUUCGUGUGCUCGAGCAACCACCGGAUGCGGAACCGGAGAAGCAAAAGUUUACGCUGACCAACGAUCAACUAACCGGAUUGUAUGGACACGCGAAGGUGCACAACCUUCUUCCUUCCGGCUAUUCCGGGCGACCAUAUCCCGAC